UUCGCAAAUGUUUUUUGAAAUAUAUAGUGCAAAAUGUUUAAAUWUUGUUUGUCACAAUUCGUUAAAGAAACUAUAAAAAAUCUCAACAAAUCGCAAACAUAUGCAUUCAGUAUUUCCAAAAGUACGAGCGCCAGUGUGGAUGCUCUACUACCAAAAGCUCUCGAGAACAACAAGCAGACAACCGGCAAAAAUCCUCUUCAAAACUAUACCGCAGAGCAGCAGGACAAAAUUCUUACAAUUGUGAAUAAAGAUGCAGAGCUUUUGAAUUAUGAUAUAGCUAAAACACGUGCCGUGAAAUUAGUGACAUGGAAAAAACGUAAUGGACCGUUGCGGAGUUUAGAAGACAUACUUCAAAUAGAGGGUUUUAGCUUGAGGAUUGCCGACAAAUUCUACAAAAGUAUGCUUGGGGGACAUGUUGAUGAGGGUAAAGCGGCGACUUCUGCACGUAGGCGUACCGCUGGUUUCAUUACACCAGCCAUAGAUGUUGAACAUCGUGCGUUAUUACGUUCCUGUGUUUCUUUACGUGUUGGCGUUUCGAGCAUAACUUGGGCACGUCUGGAACUACCGGAAUCCGAAAACACAAAUGCACCAUGUMAUUUGACACAUUGGCAGCAUCACGACAUCACCGAGAAAAAGCUUCAUUUAGGUGAUUUAGUACAUCGACUAUUAUAUGUAGAUCAUCUUAUACCAAACGCGGAUUGCUAUAUUUUCGAGAAUCCUCAAACGGCGAUAAACAGCAAUCCAGGAAAUGUGGAUCAGCAAAAUAUAARCAUACAAAAAUCACAAGUUACAGCGGUGCUGGCAUACGCAUUAUGCACGCGAGGCAGAUAUGCUGAAGCAUUGAAAAAUGGGCAUGAAAUAUUAAGUGAUGCUAACAAAAAAACCGAAGAAACAUGGCCAAAUGUUUUUUAUCUGCGUCGCUUUUUGACGGCACGAUUAUUUAGCCAAUUGGUGGGCACCGAACGUGUGUCUUCCGAGGAAACUAUACUUCAGCUUAUGCGUAACCAUUACAAUGUGUCACAAUUAAUACUUGAUGAUGAGAGUGAAACUGGGGGAUAUGAGAAGGCGAAUGAUGUAUCCUUUCGGCGCAACGUACAAUUUCCGUUAGCACAUCGUGAUAUGUUUUCACAAGCAGAGCGUUAUCAACGUGAAUUUUUGGGUCARGCGCUUUUACUUAAUGUGACAUUUAUGCGUUUGGUAGUUCUGCAAGAUGCAGAUAGUAUCGCAGUUGUGACGCGUARUCCUAAUAAAACAGAAUUAGAGCAGUUAAACUGACGUGAUCGCUAUAUUGUUCCUUCUAAUGUAAUUAACGUUUGUAAAUUCAUACAAACAACUGAACCAAAAAAAUGUUAAUAAAAAUUUGUUAAAUAUAUUUUUUUAAAUUA